AUGUCGACAUUCUUCUACGGUCACCACCACCAGCAGCACCAGCACCCUCACCACGGGGCUGCUGCACACAUGCAGGCUACCUCGAAUAACCACCACGGCGGUCGCUCUAGACGAGGACCCAAGAUGGCUGCUCAGAAUGCCCAGCGUCAGUUUCGAGGUGUGAAGAGUAUGAGGGAGCUCGCCGAGGCUCCUGCCGUGUCUGCUUUCCGUGCACGGUUUGAGGCUGGACGGUCGUUUGAUCUGGAUGACGAUCUUGAGUUCUGCCCGGGACUCCUGACUGAGGAUGAUCUGCACUCUAUUCAUUCCGCUUCGUCCGAUCGCUCCUCUCUUUCUAGCGGCUCUCCCGACACCUCUCCUCUUCAGCACCAGAUCCAACCCGUCCAACAAGUCACCCCGUCCAUCUCCUUGUCGCCUGCUUCUAGCAAUUCAUACGUUCAGCCCGGUGUCGCCGGUAAUCUUAAUCACAUGAGCUACCAACAGCCCAACGCGGUUCGCACCCGAAAAGUCAUUCCUAUUGUCAACCCCAACACUGGAAUGACUCUUACGAGCCCACCCACGUCCAUCUCGCCGGCUAUGAUGCAGAACGCUCAGCGCCGAUGGUAA